AUGGGAUUCCAACCAACGAAGGCGAUUCACAUGCUGCUUGUGGUUUGUGCCGCUGCAAGCUCAAUCAUUGACUGCAACGAAGGCUUUGGCACUUACUACUAUGACAUCGAGCAAGUAGACAGCUGUGGUACUACUUUCCGAAACCAGAACAAAGGUGGUCUGAUGUGCAGCCCUGCUGUACUGCUAUCUCUUGACCAGAUAAACACGAACUCAGUAGUCGCCAUGAACCGCACGCAGCUGGGCUUGAAUCCGUCCCUUUAUUGCGGUAAGAGGGUCGUUGUCUCUGUGAAUGGGCAACCUUCUGACUUGCAGCUCUUCAUUGGAGACGGCUGCGAACGCUGUAGCGUCGGAUCUUCUUCCAGCAAGAUAUGGAAUGCAGAAAGUGCGCCGGGUCUUGACUUCAGUUACUCUGUUCUAGACCACUUGGCUGGCGGCAACGCUUGUAACGCUGGCCACAUCGCCAUUUCAUGGGAAAUUCUGGAUGAAAAACUAUAUGAAUUCGAUGAAAGCUCUUUGGGCCUUCCUUUCGUGGAUCAACCGAUGUUGUCUAAUGCUGUUGCCGUUGAGCCUUCCGUGAAGUGUUCGGAACCGUCUGAGACCCCGACAGAUAUUUUCAUCCGUGCAAAUGCCACUUAA